AUGGGUUCUGCAUACACACAAAACAAAUCUUCAAACAGCCUUCAGAAUCCUCCGUCCUCUCUGUCCAUCUUUCCAUUUAAGGUAACAUGGCAGAAGCUGGUGAAUGGCACCAAGCAGAACGUUGCCAUUGCCAAUCCGUCUCUGGGUUUGUCUGUGGCCUCGCCUUACACGGACCGGGUCACCUUCAAGAAUGCAGCAGUCAGACGAAGAACUCCAAAUCUUGAAGAUACAACCAUCUGCUUCUCAUCGCUUCGCCUCUCUGAUGACGCCACGUACAUCUGUGAAUACACCACGUUCCCUGCAGGGAACCGGGAGAACACCGUAAACCUCACUGUCUACGUCCGACCUACAACUCAGAUGAGUCUGUACCCGACGCCGGUGGCUCGGUCUUCAAACCUAAAAACUCCAGUAGCGACCUGCAUCUCUGCCAACGGAAAACCACCUGGAACCAUCAGGUGGGAGACGAGGGUUCCAGGAGAGGUGACGGUUCAGAGCGACUACAUCCUGGUGCCCAGCAGAGAAACACACCGGGAGAUACUCGCCUGUGUCACCAUGUACAACGAGGAGGUCUACACAGAAAGUGUCACCCUUGAUAUUCAGUAUGAGCCGGAAGUCACAAUCGAAGGGUUUGGAAACUGGUACUUGAACAGAGAGAACGUCCAGCUGAUCUGCCGUGCUGACGCCAACCCACCUGUCUCUCUGUAUCGGUGGAGACUGAUCAAUGGCUCCAUUUCAAGCAACAUUGAAAUCCGAGACAACGUCCUCUUGUUUAAAGGUCCAGUCACGUAUGACCUGCAGGGAUCACAGUAUGUGUGUGAUGCUACCAACAGCAUCGGUACAAGAUCAGCCUCGGUGGAGAUCGGCAUCUUAGAAAAGCCUUUACCGCAGAUUGCAACAGGUGAUGUCAUCAGUGUAAUCGCCUCACUAUUGGCUGCUGGAGUGCUGAUGGGCGUCACUGUCACAGUCCUAGUUCUCAAAAUCAGAAGCAGAAGAGAAAACCCAGGCGAUUCUCCGCCCAGAAAACAGCCGAUAAGGAAAAGACCAGAUGGUAUCCAGGUUUCUCAUCUGUUUGUCAUGUGCCGGGGAUUUUUGGAUCAUUGUGGACCUUACCUUGACUCCUCAGGAUACUCCUUGACUUACCUCCCUGUACUCACCUGCUCUUCUGCUCUCCCCUCCUCAGACGCUGUGGUUCCGUUGCAGUCCACUGGGCCUUAUCCA